GGAGGGGGACGGCUUUAUGAAAAGAAUCCCCACCAGCAAACAGGGGGAACUACUAGCCAAGGCAAUGUAUGCCCUCAAUCACUUUGAGCGUGGUGAAAACACAAAAACACCGAUACAAAAACACUGGAGACCUACCGUUCUUACAGAAGGACCCCCGGUUAAAAUACGAAUAGAGACAGGGGAGUGGGAAAAAGGAUGGAACGUGCUGGUCUGGGGACGAGGUUAUGCCGCUGUGAAAAACAGGGACACUGAUAAGGUUAUUUGGGUACCCUCUCGAAAAGUUAAACCGGACAUCACCCAAAAGGAUGAGGUGACUAAGAAAGAUGAGGCGAGCCCUCUUUUUGCAGGCAUUUCUGACUGGAUACCCUGGGGAGACAAGCAAGAAGGACUCCAAGGAGAAACCGCUAGCAACAAGCAAGAAAGACCCGGAGAAGACACCCUUGCUGCCAACGAGAGUUAAUUAUAUUCUCAUUAUUGGUGUCCUGGUCUUGUGUGAGGUUACGGGGGUAAGAGCUGAUGUUCACUUACUCGAGCAGCCAGGGAACCUUUGGAUUACAUGGGCCAACCGUACAGGCCAAACGGAUUUCUGCCUCUCUACACAGUCAGCCACCUCCCCUUUUCAAACAUGUUUGAUAGGUAUCCCGUCCCCUAUUUCCGAAGGUGAUUUUAAGGGAUACGUCUCUGAUAAUUGCACCACCUUGGGAACUGACCGGUUAGUCUCGUCAGCCAGCAUUACCGGCGGCCCUGACAACAGCACCACCCUCACUUAUCGAAAGGUUUCAUGCUUGCUGUUAAAGCUGAAUGUCUCUAUGUGGGAUGAGCCACCGGAACUACAGCUGCUAGGUUCCCAGUCUCUCCCUAACAUUACUAAUAUUACUCAGAUUUCUGGUGUAACUGGGGGAUGCGUAGGCUUCACCCCACACUCCAAUCCAAGUGGUGUUUACGGGUGGGACCGGAGACAGGUUACACACAACUUCUUGAUCGCCCCGUGGGUCAAUCCUUUCUUUAACAGCGCUUCUAACUCCACGGAACCGUUUACGGUGGUGACAGCGGAUAGACACAAUCUUUUUAUGGGGAGUGAGUACUGCGGUGCAUAUGGCUACAGAUUUUGGGAAAUAUAUAAUUGCUCACACAGAUUUGAUAAUUUUGAUAUUUACACCUGUGGAGAUGUGCAGACAGUCAAAUCCCCCGAAAAACAGUGUGUGGGGGGAGGAGGUAUAUGGGUUAAUCAAUCAAAGGAAAUUAAUGAGACAGAGCCGUUCAGUUUUACUGCGAACUGUACAGCUAGUAAUUUGGGUAAUGUCAGCGGAUGUUGUGGAAAAACGAUCACGAUUCUCCCAUCAGGGGCGUGGAUCGACAGCACACAAGGUAGUUUCACUAAACCAAAAGCGCUACCACCCGCAAUUUUCCUCAUUUGUGGGGAUCGCGCAUGGCAAGGAAUUCCCAGUCGUCCGGUAGGGGGCCCCUGCUAUUUAGGCAAGCUUACCAUGUUAGCACCCAACCAUACAGAUAUUCUCAAGGUGCUUGCCAAUUCAUCGCGGACAGGUAUAAGACGUAAACGAAGCACCUCACACCUGGAUGAUACAUGCUCAGAUGAAGUGCAGCUUUGGGGUCCUACAGCAAGAAUCUUUGCAUCUAUCUUAGCCCCGGGGGUAGCAGCUGCGCAAGCCUUAAGAGAAAUCGAGAGACUAGCCUGUUGGUCCGUUAAACAGGCUAACUUGACAACAUCACUCCUCGGGGACUUAUUGGAUGAUGUCACGAGUAUUCGACACGCGGUCCUGCAGAACCGAGCGGCUAUUGACUUCUUGCUUCUAGCUCACGGCCAUGGCUGUGAGGACGUUGCCGGAAUGUGUUGUUUCAAUCUGAGUGAUCACAGUGAGUCUAUACAGAAGAAGUUCCAGCUAAUGAAGGAACAUGUCAAUAAGAUCGGCGUGGACAGCGACCCAAUCGGAAGUUGGCUGCGAGGAUUAUUCGAGGGAAUAGGGGAAUGGGCCGUUCAUUUGCUGAAAGGACUGCUUUUGGGGCUUGUAGUUAUCUUGUUGCUAGUAGUGUGCCUGCCUUGCCUUUUGCAAUUUGUGUCCAGUAGCAUCCGAAAGAUGAUUAAUAAUUCAAUCAGCUAUCACACGGAAUAUAAGAAGUUGCAAAAGGCUUGUAGGCAGCCCGAAAAUGGAGCAGUGUAAAGCAGUACGUGGGUGGUGGUAUGAAACUUGCGAAUCGGGCUGUAACGGGGCAAGGCUUGACUGAGGGGACCAUAGUAUGUAUAGGCGAAAGGCGGGGCUUCGGUUGUACGCGGUUAGGAGUCCCCUCAGGAUAUAGUAGUUGCGCUUUUGCAUAGGGAGGGGGAAAUGUAGUCAAAUAGAGCCAGAGGCAACUUGAAUAGUCUAAAGACCAAAUAAGGAAAAAGCAAGACAUUCCAUAUGCUCAUUGGUGGCAACUAGAUAAGGAAGGAAUGACGCAAGGACAUAUGGGCGUAGACGAAGCUAUGCACGAUUAUAUAAGCUGUUGCCACCAUCAAAUAAACGCCAUUUUACCAUUCA